AUGUACAGUUCAGUAGACUGCCCUGACUCCAUUGGAUGGAGAGGCAUAAAGGAGGCCGGGGUCCCUCAGAGACCUCCGAGUUUCCGCGGGCUGGACGUGGCGGAUGGCGUCUCCACGCACGGCCAGAGGGUCCUGGGCUUCCAGCGGCGCCACUCGCUGUGCCCCGUGACGCUGCCCAACUCCAAGUUCAACGGCGAAACGGCGUGCUCCACGGCGCCGUGCUGGGGCCCCGUCCUGGCCUCCGACCGCCAGCUGCCCCGCUCCUCUCUGAGCCACAUCCCCUUCCGGGUGGACCGUUCCAUUAGCAUGAUCGAGGGGGGGGUGAGCGCUCGUGAGGAAGUGACUCCGCCCCUCCCCCUUCCACCGCCGCCGCCACCGGGCCUUAGCAUCAGCAGCUCCUCGCUAGCCGCCGCCGCCGCGGCCGCCGCCGCCGUUGCCUCGGCGACCGUUGCCACGGCGACCCCGCCCCCGCCCCCCCCUCACAUAUCGACCCGCUACAAGACGGAGCUGUGCCGCACCUACGAGGAGAGCGGCGCCUGCAAGUACGGCGCCAAGUGCCAGUUCGCCCACGGCGCCGACGAGCUCCGGGGGCUGAGCCGCCACCCAAAGUACAAAACCGAGCCCUGCCGCACCUUCCACACCGUGGGCUUCUGCCCCUACGGCGCCCGCUGCCACUUCAUCCACAACGCCGACGAGCUGAGGCCCCGCCCCCACAGGCCCCGCCCCCCGCCGCUGCGCCACAGCCUGAGCUUCGCCGGCUUCUCCUCCUCCCCCCACGGCUUCUCCUCCUCCCCCCAGGGAUUCACGCCUCUGGAGGAGCCGCUCUUCGGCCGGGCGUGCUCCGCCACCCCCCCGCCCUCCUCCUCCUCCUCCAUGUCUUCCUCUUCCUCCUCCUCCUCCUCGCCUAUCUUCCCUAAACCGGGCGCCCUGAGGCCCCGCCUCUUCUCCGGGACGCCGCCGGACUUCUUCCCCUGGCCGGGAAUGACGGCGCCGGGAAUGGGAAUGGCCCCCCCGCCCCCCGGCGGCCUCCAGCGCUGCUCCUCGGCCGACUCCCUCUCCGAGGAGGGCUACGCCUCCUCCUCCUGCUCCCUCAGCUCCUCCUCCAGCGGCGCCGACUCGCCCGGCCUGGAGGGGCGCCGCCUGCCCAUCUUCAGCCGCCUCUCCGUGUCCGACGAGUAG